ACCUGUGCACGCCCCCGUAUUACCUCAGAGUUACAUUCAGGGGUCUAUAUCACGUAUAUACAAGAGCUAUAUGGUUAUUUUUAUCGUUUAUAAGCUGCAAGAGAAGUUCCUGUAUACACGCUUUAUUUAAUCCCUUCAAUGAUGCUAUUUUUUAAUCUCUUUAACGUCGAAGAGCGAUUCUCCUUCGAACAAGAUCUUUUGUUAAGCGACCUCAACCGAGAGAAAAACCUGUUAGGCUUAGAAAUGUAGAAAUGAUAAUUUCAGGUCAGUGCAAGGUCUACUUUUGGCCUGUUUUUUAUUGUAUUAGUGUUUCAUACCAAUACCAUGAGACCGGGGAUAGAAGAAGAUUUGGAGUCACUGUAAGGGUGCUAAGAUGAUCUGGUAUCAGCACAAGAGCAUUUCAUAUUAAGACAUAAAAUGUCCCGCAAGGGGUUUUCUUUGCUUUUAUUCGUUUCCACUAUGGAUCGUGCGCUGCUAUCGAUAAUAAACUUUAACUUGGAAAUUAAGCCGAGGCAAAGAUAAAUGGAUUUCUGGCUCUUUUCCAGUAUCUGGAACAAGUAUGGAAAAACCUGCUCUGAGUCGACAUGGCACGCAAGUUCACAGCCAGGGUCAUGCCGUGAACUUCGUGCGCAAACAAUCUAACAAGAUAAAUCAACAAGCAAAAUACAUAAAUUCUUGGUAGGACUCGGAGGCCAGUCUUUGUGGGUACCGAGCUCAGCGCGUUGCAUCAACAAGGUUGGAAGAAGAAGAAAAAAACAUCAUGGCUCCAGAAACGAAAAAAUCACAGCCUGCUGUAAUAACAAAAAAUGGUCAUCCCGACAGUGAAGAAAAAUUAUCUAACCAACAGCGAUUUUGCUAUGGAGUUGGACAUAUUCAAAAUGAUUUGCUAACUUACGCCGCAUUUAGCUACCUCCUGGUUUUUCUCACAAAAGUGAUUGGAAUAUCAAGCAGUAGCACCGGAAUUAUUUUUCUCUGUGGACAAAUAACCAACAGUUUUCUCUCUCCUGUUAUUGGUUAUGCAUGCGAUCGAUGGAAAGUCCCCUUUAUUUCAAAGUUUGGUCGGCGCAAGGCAUGGCAUUUGGUCGGCGUUGUGGUGCUCUUUAUUGCCGUCCCUUUCCUGUUCAUGAGGUGUACUCCAUGUGCGGAUAACCCCGACGAAUGGAUGCUCUUGUUCAACUACAUCGCAGUCACCGUGUCUAUGAACUUUGGUUUCACUGCUGUUGAGAUCAGUCAUCUUUCACUUCUACCAAAAAUUGCUAUCAGACACACGGACUUCGUCAAGCUAAAUUCACUGAGAACGGCAUGGAUGUUCAUAAGCGGUAUUAUGGUCUAUGGACUCAUGUGGAUGUUGCUAGGCAACAGUAGUGGGGAAUCUCUUGACCACAACCAAUGGAAGGAGUUUAUGUCGCUUGGCAUGAUAAUUACGGGAGUUGGGCUGUUUUUCUCGGCCACGUUCCACAUCGGCACUAAAGAACCGAAAAAGGAGCACAAAUAUGGGGGCCACGACAAUAUCGCAUUCGAACCAGAGGAGCCAUUUGACAAGCCAGUACAAGAACGCAUUAAAGAGAAAGCUCAACACGAACUUGACGUCAAAGCACUAGCCCGAAUGUACAGCAGCUCUCCUGAACUCAAACUAAAGGAUUACAGCCUAGAGCGCGGGGCACACUGGGUAUUUCAGCCAUGCGAAGCGGUUGACAGCGAGCGCGGGAUUGGUGAUAGUAGCACGAUUCAGGUAGCGUCGCUCUCAAUCCCCGAGAAACACACGAAGCUCGAGAAGGCUGGAUUAGGCGAGGAUACUAAGGACCCGGAACAGGGUAUUGUGAUGACGGGAAUCGGCGCCAAGAAGCAGAAACCGAUGAGCGCGAAAAAGUGGUUUAGAAAACCGGAAUUCUAUACGCUCUGCAUGGUUUUCAUGUGUACCAAGAUUGUGAUCAACGUCUCCAAUUCCUACUUUCCUUUGUACUUGGUCGACGUGCUGCACUUGGAAAAGGAAGCUAUCGCUUAUUUCCCUCUGAUUGUUCUCGUGGCGUCUGCUGUGUUCAGCUACUUGUCCAAGAGGAUUACAAAACUACUCGGAAACAAGGUUUCUUACUGCUUGGCUUCCGGGAUGGUAAUUGGGGCCUUCGUUUGGUUUUACUUCCAAACUAUCGGCGCAAAGGACGCCAUCUACGGUGCUGCCAUACUAAUGGGGGGCGGUUACUCAGUCAUGCUGGUUACCAUGCUAACGAUGGUCGCCGAGAUGAUCAACCACAUCGACAAGGAGUCAGGGGCUUUCGUGUACGGCGCUGCGAGCCUUUUGGACAAACUCGGUAACGGAGUGCUGAUCGCGAUUGUACAAGAGUUUUACCCAAAGUCUGAUAGUGCUGGUGUAUGCGCGGAGUGUGAUACUUAUGUUCGUCACGUGUUCCCUAUCACGACCGGAAGUGCUGCCGUGCUGGGACUUGUCAUUGUUCUUUUUUGCUAUAAGACUCGCACCGACCCAGUGAUCAAAGCAGUCCAAGGGAAACAAGGGCUGGCUGAGGUAUGCGCGCCAACGGAUAGCACUCUCAGCAGCCCAAGUGCUAGCACAUCCGGGUCACCCGGCAUAAGUACAUACGGAUCCCCAGGAACAAGUAGAUCCGGGACUCCAGGCACUAGCCUACCAGGAACGCCUGCCAUUCUCCAUGUGGAAUUCAACACAAAGCUGUGAUUUACCGAAUGUAGAAGUCGGAUGGAACGGGUCUUGAGAAAAAUAUAAUAAUUGCAUGGAGGAAAGUUCAUGCGCCGAUGUUUGUAUGAGCAUAAAAGCGGACAAGACGAUUUCUAUUGAUCUAGGACCCUUUUUGGCUUCAGAGAACAAAAUAAUAUCGUGUCAAGAUCUCCGCAAGGGCAAGAAAAGUACUUUACUGUAAACGUCAUAUUUUUUGUCCUGCAAAAAAUAUUGCGCAGAAUUAUUUCAUUUCCAAAACUAACACGAAGUGAAUGCAACGCGAUAAUUUCAACUUUUACAGCAAGGAAGCGAAUAGUGCUUUUCUGGCCAGACGAGAUCGGAAAAGAGGACAGCGCCGAAAAUCCUGGAUUUGAAAAAGGACGUUUUUAUAUGAAAGAGUGAAAGAAGGGCCACACCGUUGCAUUUAAGGAUCAUCCAUAAUUCUUUAUUGGCAUGAAUGAGAGAAAAUAAACAAGUGUAAUUGUUUAGUAGUAGAGAUCAGAACAAUCAACAACUUGAUGAAGAAGUUGUUUUAGGAACAUAAAUCGAACUUUGAAUAUUCAACGUCAUAAUGUAUAUCGUACGAUUGCUUUAGUGUGAUCACACAUUAUUGUUAUACAAUAGAGUUUAUAAAUUAAUUCGAGGACCCUCUUA